AGUGCCACAUCAGCAGUGCCACAUCAGACACAGUGCCACGUAAGCAGUGCCACAUCAGCAGCGCCAUGUCACAGUGCCAGAUCAGCAGUGCCACGUCAGCAGUGCCAGGUCACAGUGCCACGUCAGACUUUGCCACGUCAGCAGUGACGUCAGACAGUGCCACGUAUCAGUGCAACAUUAGCAGUGCCACGUCAGACACAGUGCCACAUAAGCAGUGCCACAUCAGCAGUGCCACGUCAGACAGUGCCACGUCAGCAGUGCCACAUCAGCCGUGCCACGUCAGGCACAGUGCCACGUCAGACAAAGUGCCACGUCAGACAAAGUGCCACGUCAGCAACAUGACAGGCCUGCCAGGCCAACUGGCCAAUGAGCCCAUUGCCGACUACAAAAAGCAUGUCCAUGCUCAGCUCGCUGCAAUCGAGGCUGAGGAACAACGCCAGCUGGCAGUCAAGGCUGCCCAGCUACAGGCUGAUGAAGCGGCAACAGCAGAGAAGCUGCAGCUACAGGCCGAAGCAGACGCAGAUGCCCAGGCUCGCCGCAAGGAAGCCCAGGCUCUGCUGCAGCGGCAUGAAGCCAGCAGCAUCGAGAAACUCAAGUACUGGCAUUUUGAACCAAACGGCGACGAGCCAACACCGGAAGAGCAGCAUAGGGAGUUCAUGGCCAAGCUCGUGAGCAGGUUAGUUUACACAUGUAACCACCUACAGUCCGAGCUGGCAAACCUUCAGCGGGCCGUGCGGAACCAUAAGAGUCAGCACGAGGAUGCCACACGGGCACUGGACGCCCGUGUACUGGGCCUGGAACAGGCUGUGCCAGGACCAGAUGCUGGAGCUUCCAGCAGUGCAUCCUCUAGCCGCCAACUGGAGGAACGCGUUGACCACGUCGUGGCAAUGCUAGGAGACAUAAGUGUCUUCACAGAGCCGGCCACCAUCAGCCAGCGGUUCGAGUUGCUGGACACUAAGAUCAGUCAGCAACAGCAGACUGACCACAGCCACAACAACAGCUCCGCGAGGCCAUACAAGAUGCCGACGUUCCGGAUCGAGAAAUUUGAUGACUACACACAUCAAGACCCUGACCAUCUGUUCACCAGUUCUCUGUUCAUCAACACCAAGGGAGGUUGUCAGAUCUGGCUCAGCCACAUGGCAACCAUCCACGGCGUCCAGGUUUCAGACCUGUACAAGAAGGUCUCCUCGGAAGACAUGACAAAGGAAUGGAAGAAGCGGUUCAUCGUCGACGACGCCCCGACACUCCCCGUCAACCGCAUCUUCACGAUGGCUCAAGGGAGCACACCGACACCGGACUGGCUCACGGAUUGGCAGAAAAUCGUAGCGACGCCCGAUUUGGACUUGUCAUUUUCGCAUCUGCGGCGUGAGUUUUACAACAGGUCAUGCGCCGCUCUCAGCCUCGCACUUGGUGAUCGCGAGCAGUACAACACUUUCGCAGAGAUCAUCAACAAGGCGAGAGAGCUCAUCACGACUAACAGGCCGGCUGCACUAUUGCACGGCUUCGACAGCGAUUCCGAUGGCCCAACCCCAUUACCGAUGUCACUCGGUAUUGCAACUCUUGCGAAGUUUGCCGACGCAGCAAGCCCCGCAACCGCAAUCCCUACGGCGAGUUACACCCGAUGCCUAUCUCACGGGAACCCGGUCUCUCCAUUGCCAUGGACGUCACCGGUCCGUUUCCUCGCGACCGGCUUGGGCACGACGGCAUCCUCACGGUGGUGGACCGAUUGAGAGUCCGGCACAACAAUGAAACCAAGUUCGGCUC